AUGUCGAAAGACAUAUCCAAAACCUAUCACACUCUUCACGAGUAUUCGAUGCUACUGGAACUGGCACGCAAAAUUAUCUUGAUCGUUGAUCCACAGCCUGUGUACAGCCAGACGCUCCGUCGUAAAGAGGGCUCUACCUUGGACACAAUAUUUGGGUACGAUAGAAGUAUGCUUUGGGAUCUUUUGUUCCUCCUAUGCAUCGAUAUCCCAAUUGCCGGUGUCGCUCAACUUGCUGCACGGAUUUCCGCUAUUGCGCCUUAUCAAGGGAAACGACACACUGAUCUUCAAGCUCUUGUUGAUCUUCUCGUGCAGGCGCCUGGAAGCGGUACCAACAUGAAGAUUAUUGUAUAUCUUGAGCAUAUGCAUCUUGAAGAUCUCGCAAUUGUCCUCGGUUUACUGAACUUGCGGCGUGGGCCCACUACGUUCGAGGAAGUUUGGACUUCCUGGCUUCCGCAUGGUAUGGACCUAGAGCAUAUGAAAGAAAAGUAUGAAAAACACUACAGGAAUUUAGUGGUGUCUGCUGCGGAGCAGGCUGGAUGCAUUGAGAUUCUCAAUAUUCCUCCGGAACUUGACGUUGAUGAGACCGACGAGGGGGAUAUUCGUGGUACUCAGUACAUCAUGAGGAGCCGAAGGACCUGGACGGAGAAUAAUAUUAUCUGA